UGAUAACACACAUGAUAUGAUGUGGGUUUUGUUAGAAGGGGGGCAAAGAUUGAAUAAACCGACCAAAGCUCCGUCGGAGAAGCAUUGAAUCUCGGACCACUUUGCAUCUUACAAAUCUCUAACAACACCACAUCAAACACAGUACUUUCUCAUACCCCCUUGUUUUUCUUUUUGUUGUUUACAAACAGAGGUUUUGUCAGCUUUUCGUCUAUGAAUCUUCUCCAUUACUCAGCUUGACAUCUGCAUGAAUGGCUUGGCGAGGGGUUGGGAAGAAAGGACUUAAUGCCAGUCUCAUUAGAGCUCUGGCUUCAGCACCUGUUGGACUUUCAGCUGGCUUAAAUUCUUCGUCUACUUUUGAUCUUGCAGUAAAAUCACUUUCUGCUUCUUUUAAAUGUGUGCCUGGGUUGUCUUUCAGUUUGUUUCUACGGGGAUCUAGAUAUCACAAAAUUUUGAAAAAUGAACCUUUAAUACGGUAUUUUCAUGCAAGUCCAGAAUUACUGGCUAGAAAGGGCAUUGAGGAGGAAUUGGGUUUAAAGGUUAGCAAGAAAAAACCUAAAGGGAAGUAUAGCAAGAGGGAAAGGAGCCCGCCUGUUGUAGCUCCAUAUGUUCCUAAACUGAAGAGAACAAACAAAUCCUUGCAAGAGAGAACUGUUGAGAUAUUUGACGGUAUGACCCUUGUUGAGCUCGCAAAGCGAACUGGUGAGGGCAUAGGUGUUCUUCAGGAUAUUCUCAUAAAUGUUGGGGAAAGUAUUGAUUCUGAAUUUCACCCUCUAAGCAUUGAUAUUGCGGAGCUCAUUGCAAUGGAAGUUGGAGCCAGUGUCAAGAGGAUACAUGUCAGUGAAGGUAAAGAAAUUCUCCCACGGCCACCCGUUGUGACUGUCAUGGGUCAUGUUGACCAUGGUAAAACUUCCCUUUUAGAUUCUUUACGUCAAACAUCAGUGGCAGCCAAUGAAGCUGGAGGCAUUACUCAACAUCUUGGUGCUUUUGUUGUUAGCAUGCAGUCAGGGGCAUCAAUUACAUUCCUCGACACCCCUGGUCAUGCCGCAUUUAGUGCAAUGCGAGCAAGAGGUGCAGCUGUCACGGAUAUUGUUGUGUUAGUUGUAGCUGCGGAUGAUGGGGUGAUGCCCCAGACUCUUGAAGCUAUCUCUCAUGCAAAGGCAGCUAAUGUACCAAUCGUGGUUGCUGUUAAUAAAUGUGAUAAACCAGCUGCUAACUCUGAGAGAGUAAAACUACAGCUUGCUUCUGAGGGUUUGCUGUUGGAGGAUAUGGGUGGAGAUAUUCAAGUGGUUGAAGUUUCAGCAUUAAAGAAAACCGGAUUGGAUAACUUGGAGGAAGCUUUGCUACUGCAGGCUGAGGUGAUGAACCUAAAAGCACGUGUAGAUGGACCUGCACAAGCUUAUGUCGUGGAGGCCAGACUUCACAAAGGGCGAGGCCCAUUAGCCACUGCAAUAGUAAAAGCAGGGACUUUGGUUUGUGGGCAGCAUGUGGUUGUGGGCUCAGAGUGGGGCAGAAUAAGAGCCAUUAGAGAUGUGGUUGGGAAUUUGGCAGAGCGGGCAACACCUGCAAUGCCAGUUGAGAUUGAAGGUUUGAAGGGGCUUCCGAUGGCAGGUGAUGACAUUAUAGUUGUGCAAUCUGAGGAGCGCGCUAGAAUGCUUAGUGCAGGGAGGAAAAAGAAAUUUGAGAGAGACAGGCUAUUGAAGAUCAGCAAUGGAAGGGCCGAGGAAUUGGAACAAUCAGAAGAAGUGCCUCAGAGGGCUGAAAUGCCAAUCAUUGUAAAAGCAGAUGUACAAGGCACUGUCCAGGCUGUUACCGAUGCACUGAGAUCUUUAAAUAGUCCUCAGGUUUUCGUGAAUGUAGUCCAUGUAGGGGUGGGGCCUGUUUGUCAGUCUGAUGUGGACCUAGCGCAGGCAUGUGGUGCAUGCAUUGUUGGAUUUAAUGUGAAAAGUCCUGCUAGUUCUAUUACUAUGGCAGCCACUCAAGCCGGCAUAAAGAUACUGAUGCACCGUGUCAUAUAUCACCUUUUGGAGGACAUCGGCAAUAUGAUAGUAGAGAAGGCCCCUGGCACUUUUGAAACUCAGGUAGCCGGGGAAGCUGAGGUGCUGAAUAUCUUUGAGAUAAAGGGAAAAAGCAAGGCAAAAGGUGGGGAUGUAAAGAUUGCAGGCUGCCGGGUGAUUGACGGUUGCGUCUCCAAAACAGCAACCAUGAGGCUGUUGAGAAGCGGAGAAGUUGUGUUCGAAGGACCUUGUGCAUCAUUGAAGCAGGAGAAACACGACGUCGAGAAAGUAGGGAAAGGGAACGAAUGCGGGCUCGUGCUCUGUAAUUGUGAUGCUUUCCAGAUUGGAGAUGUCAUCCAAUGCUUGGAGCAAGUGGUUCGGAAACCCAAGUUCAUUUCAUCGGAAAGUGGGGCUGUUCGAAUCGAGUGCUGAAAACCACAUUUACCAGUGAAAAUUCUUUUCCACCAUUGAGGACUUGUUUUCUUUGACCUGGCAAUUCUACAUUGAAAUUCAUGGAAAGCCUAGCCUUACUGCUAAGUAAUGCAUUGUGUUUUAGAGUUUGAACUGAAUAAUUUUAGGAUCAAAGCUGUGAAUUUAACGUGGAAUUUGUCAAUUUUGGAGGCGAUAGUGAUUAUUUAUAUUUAAGUUUUGUGUACAGGAUAUAAACAGAUAUAAGAUGAAAUAACUAUUUCGGCAUUCA